AUGAACCCUCUGUACUUGAUAUUGAGCUAUUGCUGGGGUGAAGGGAACCGAAGUGCGCGUACAACACGAAGAAAUUUGCAACAAAGAACGAAGCAAAUUACUAUGCAAGAACUACCAAAGACUAUACAAGACGCCAUUAAAAUUACUAGACGCCUAAAAGUUCGAUACCUUUGGGUGGACGCAGUGUGUAUUAUCCAACCAGACAACCACAGUGACACGGAAGAUUGGCAGAUUACUAUUUUAAUGCCUACUUGUGUAUCGCAGCGUCAAUUGCAGAGGAUAGCUAAGAAGGAAUACUCGUCGAAAGACCAGUGGCCAAGUUUCCUUUCAAAGAAUGGUGUUACCCCGAUGGCAAGACAAUUGUAUGUCCACAUUAUUCCCGGAGUUCCGCUGCUCAAGCGCGGCUGGUGUCUUCAAGAAUGGAUUUUAUCUCCUCAGAUACUGCACUGGACCAAUAAUGGCUUGAUCUGGCAGUGUAAGAAAGGAUUCUUUUGGGAAUGCCAGAAGGUCUAG